CGGAAGCGCUGUUCCUGUUUCAGGGAGGGGUUCGGUCAUAGCCGGGCUUCCUGGAGAUUUUGUCGGUUGGCUGCCGAGAGCCUGCGGAUCCGGAGCACUACAUCCACCGCCAGCAUGGGAACCCGGGACGACGAGUACGACUAUCUGUUCAAAGUGGUGCUGAUCGGUGAUUCUGGAGUUGGAAAAAGUAACCUCCUUUCUCGCUUUACCCGUAACGAGUUUAACCUAGAGAGCAAAAGCACCAUCGGGGUGGAAUUUGCUACAAGGAGCAUCCAGGUGGACGGCAAAACAAUCAAAGCUCAGAUUUGGGACACGGCUGGACAGGAGAGAUACCGCGCAAUCACCUCCGCGUACUACAGAGGAGCUGUAGGUGCUCUGCUGGUGUAUGAUAUCGCCAAGCAUCUUACCUACGAAAAUGUGGAAAGGUGGCUGAAAGAGUUGAGGGACCAUGCGGACAACAACAUCGUCAUCAUGCUGGUGGGCAACAAGAGUGACUUGCGCCACCUGAGAGCAGUGCCGACUGAUGAGGCCCGAGCAUUUGCAGAAAAGAAUGGUUUGUCCUUCAUCGAGACUUCAGCCCUGGACUCUACAAAUGUGGAGGCUGCUUUCCAAACGAUCCUGACAGAAAUUUACCGCAUUGUGUCUCAAAAGCAGAUGUCUGACAGACGUGAAAACGACAUGUCCCCAAGUAACAACGUUGUCCCCAUACAUGUCCCACCCACCACUGAAAACAAACCAAAGAUGCAGUGCUGUCAGAACAUAUAACGGCCGCUGCCUGCACAGUGCCAGGCUUCCAUUUCCUGUCCAGCUCUGGAGGGGGGGUCAGGCCCAAUACCCUGUGCCCCAGUUCUAGAGGUGCCAGGCUCUGUAUAUUCCCCCACGUCCUGCACUGGACUCUUUGGAAUUCUAUUUUUUUUUUUUUCUUUUUGUUUUUUGUUAAUAUAUUUUUUGUUUUGAGUGUAUGUGUGUAAGAACUUUAAUUUUACUAUUCCAUCUGGAUUUUUACAUGUCUUAAAUUUUUUUUCUGAUUUUUGACUUUCUGUAAUAAGGAAAUGAUCUAAUCCUCUUUCACGCUUUUUUCUCUCUUCUCUUUUUCCUGUGCUCUGCCUUCUUCCCUUCUUCUUUCUUCUCUACAAAUACAAUGAUUCCAGGUCUGCCCUAGUCCCCUCCCCCCUCCCCUCUUCCUGUCUCCACUCAGAAAAGUCUGUAUAAUAUAUAAAAUAAACGCAUGUUGCCUGCUGGAGGCAUCCUCUCCUGAUACCUUGUGACUCAACAGAUCUUUCUUCUUUUUUUUUGUUCUUUUUGUCUUUUUUUGUUUGUUUUUUUUUCUCCCCACUCUCGACCAGUAAUAGAUAAUGUCACUUGUAUGUCACUCAUUGCUAGAUCCGCUGUUUUGAUCUCUAGAAACUACAUGAAAAAAAAAAACAGGUGUGAUGUGUAAUAAAGUGUUUAUACUGUUGAACCAUA